AUGCAGCAGGUGGCGGGCCUCCUGUCCGCGCGGUACCCGCUCAAGAGGCUGUACGUGCUGGGGGAGGCCCUGAACCUGGUGCUGGUGCUCGCGCUGGUGCCCGCGCUGUACGGCGCGACGUCCGCGCUGAUGGCCGUGAACGUGGGCCUGGGCCUCACGCAAGCGUUCACCGCCCCCGUCGCCAAGUCCAUGCCGCCCGCCGUGGUGGCGGCGGAGGACCUGGCCAUCGUGAAUAGCUGGGACCUCACUGGCGACAAGAUUGGCCGAAACCUGGCGCCGCUCGCCUUCACCGUGGUCUCCUCCAUCUUCGGCUUCGAAGCCGCGAUCGGGAUCAGCACGCUGCUGGUCCUCUCGCUGGUGCUGCUGAAGCAGCUCCUCCAGGUGGCCGACAGGCCCGCAAAGGCCUCGAGCAGCAGCGAGACCUCCGCUGUCAAGAAGAUGCUGGGCUUGUUUAAGCAGGUGUGGGCCGGCAUCUUGUCGCUCAAGGAGGACCGCACCAUCGGUCUGAUGAUAGUGAACACCAUUUGCACGAACAUGCUCCUCUACCCCCUAGGCACCCUAGUGUUCCCUGUCAUUUUCAAGGCCAUCCCAGACGGUGCCAUCGAGAACGAGGGAUCAAUGGCAAGCGCAUUGAUUCUUUGGAUACAAGGGGCCAUUGGGAUUCAGAAGAAGAAGGCUUGGAUGAACUACGCAGCCGUGGUCUCGCUGGGCGGCGUCAUUGGGCCCUUCUUAUCGAACGCGAUGGUGUACUUGAUCCAGGGAGCGGCUGCCAAACAGCCGCCGCACGUGAACUGGAUCGGAAUACACUGUGGUAUUAUUGGACAGCUGGUAACACUAGUGCCCCUCAUGGGGGUGAUCUAUAUGCUGCAGUACUUCUCCGCUGGCACGCGUGUGUUCCUUCUCUUCGUGGUGUGGGGUGCCAUGACUGCAGCAAACAAUGUGACCACCAUCUACUUCAAUGCUCACACGCAGCAGAGGCUGGGCCGCGAGAAGCGCGGGUCUUUCAUCGCAAACAUUCUGACGCUGUUCACUCUGGCCAACACCCUCGGCUCCUCGGUGUACGGCUGGGUCCUGGCCUCCGGCGACGUGCACGUGCAGCUCGGGAGCUCCACGGCUGUCCUCAUGGCGGCCGGGGUCGUCAGGAUUGCCGUCUUGCUUGCCCUCAACACGAACGAGGCCGGGAAGGAGACGAUGGUGCUCAAGAAGACAGAUUGA